AUGGCUAAAUUCUCCUCUAAACUCUUCCUUCUCUUAACAAUCUUCUACUCAACCACUUCAUCUUUCACCAACUCAUCAACACUACAUUCAAAAAUCACUUCACUAAAAUCCUUCUGCAAAACCACUCCACACCCUGAACUUUGCUUCAACUCAUCAAAACUUUCCAUCUCAAUAACCAUAAACCCAACCAUCAUCAACAUCCUUCUUCAUUCCCUUCAACUAUCAAUAUCCGAAACCACCAAACUAUCUAUCCAAUUCAACAAUGCUGCACAACAGCACUCAAACAUCAUAGAAAACAAAAGAGGAGUGUUACAAGAUUGCAAAGAGCUUCAUCAAUCAACCUUAACUUCCUUGAAAAGAUCACUAUCUGGAAUCACUUCCUCAAACACUAGAAACUUAGUUGAUGCAAGAACUUAUCUCAGUGCAGCACUUACCAACAAGAACACAUGUUUAGAAAGCUUAGAUUCUGCUUCAGGUACAAUGAAGCAAGUUCUAGUUGAUUCAGUGAUCAACACUUACAAACAUGUUAGUAAUUCUCUGGCAAUGCUUCCUAAGCCUGAGAUCAGAGCUUCGAGAGGACGUGAAAAACGGCGUUUAAUCGAUGCUGUAUCGUGGUUGUCGAGAAAAGAUCGUGGUCGGUUGUUGCAAAGUACUGAUGGUGUGCUUGUUGUGGCUGCUGAUGGAAGUGGAAACUUUAGCACCAUCAAUGAUGCCAUUAACUUUGCUCCGAAUAACAGCUAUGAUAGGACAAUAAUCUAUGUGAAAGAAGGUGUGUAUGAAGAAAAUGUUGAAAUUUUGAGUUAUAAAACCAAUAUUGUUCUACUUGGUGAUGGAAGUGAUGUUACUUUCAUUACUGGCAAUAGAAGUGUUGUUGAUGGCUGGACUACAUUCAGAUCUGCAACUUUAGCGGUUUCUGGUGAAGGCUUUCUAGCGCGCGAUAUAGCUUUUGAAAACAAGGCAGGACCGGAGAAGCAUCAAGCAGUUGCUCUAAGAGUGAAUGCAGACUUAACAGCUUUUUACAAAUGUGCAAUGUAUGGUUACCAAGACACACUUUAUGUUCACUCCUUUAGACAAUUCUACCGCGAAUGUGACAUUUUUGGGACCAUAGAUUACAUAUUUGGAAAUGCAGCAGUAGUUUUCCAAGCAUGUAAUAUUGUCUCAAGAAUGCCGUUAGCCGAUCAAUUCACUGUCAUCACAGCACAGUCAAGAGAUUCUCCUGAUGAAGACACUGGCAUCUCAAUUCAAAACUGUUCAAUUUUAGCUACUACUGAUUUGUAUAACAACUCUAACAACAUCAAGAGUUACCUUGGAAGGCCUUGGAGGGCUUAUUCUAGGACUGUUUUCAUUGAGUCUUACAUUGAUGUGUUUAUUGAUCCAAUGGGAUGGACAAAGUGGUCUUCUUCUCAUGAUGAACAAGAAUUGGACACUUUGUAUUAUGGAGAGUUUGCAAACUAUGGACCCGGUUCUGCGACCGAUAACCGAGUUGAAUGGUUAGGAUACCAUUUAAUGGAUUUUGAUAGUGCAUAUAAUUUCACUGUUUCUGAGUUCAUCAUUGGUGAUGCUUGGAUUGGAUCUACUUCAUUUCCUUAUGACGAAGGGAUUUGA